UCAUUCACCCACGCGUGGUGAAGGAAGCCCGAUUACCCACGAGAGGGUCUCCGACUCCCAUCUUCGUUACCCUAGGGGAUGACAAGACCCAGCGCUUCUUCGAUCAGACGGUCACCGACCUCCCCUUCUUCCUCACUCUCGAGCAUACUGAUCGUUCCCCGGCGUCUCGUCGCCACCGCUCCUCUGCACAUUACGAUGUGAUGGAGACGGGGUUCGACUUCAUUCUCGGCACUUCGUGGUCUCGUCGGUUCCGCAGCACCGAGACCGAUUGGGCGACCAACACUCUCGUUCUCAAAACGAAGUGUGGACAGACGUCUCGCGUACCUUUCAUAGGUACCACGGCGACACCACGCCCCGAUCCUCCUCCCCUGGAGCCUUCAAUGCCCACACCAUCUCCCUCUAUCAUUGUCACCUUGCCUCGGCAGUUCGCUCACUUCAUUCGACAGGACGACGUCACCUUCUUUAUGGUGGACGUGACGGAUCUCUUACACUAUGAUCCACCCUGUCCCGACGCCGAGCUCAUCCCUCUGGAGCCAGAUCCUCCCUCUAUCUCCAUGGCUCCCAUCUCUACUUCCGUCCCUCCACCGUCCGUCGAGUCCACCCCGUCGUCGCGCGCUGACGCUGACGCUGAGGAACUCGCACGAUAUACGGCUGACUUGGAGCCCGCAGUUCGUGACCUCAUCCGAGAGUACCACGGCGUUUUCCCAUCAUCGUUCUCGUACGCCGGCAUCCCACCGAUGCGUGACGUCGAGCACUCAAUUCAGCUUGUGCCUGACUAUCGUGUUCACCGCCAGGCACCCUACAGACUCUCGAUCCCCAAGGCCACCGAACUCAAGCGUCAGCUUGAGGAGCUCUUGAGACUGGGUUUCAUUAAACGCAGCAACUCCCCGUGGGGUGCACCCGUCCUCUUUGCUCGCAAAGCGGACGGAACUCUCCAUCUUUGCAUCGACUAUCGCGGUCUCAACCGCUACACGGUUAAGAACAGCUACCCCAUGCCUCGUUCCGAUGAGCUGUUCGACCGCCUAGCAGGCAACCGCUUCUUUACGAAGAUUGAUCUUCGUAGAGGUUACCAUCAGAUCCGCGUCGCUGCAGCCGACCAGCCGAAGACAGCGUUCCGAUCGCGCUUCGGCCACUACGAGUUUACGGUGAUGCCAUUCGGCCUCACCAAUGAACCCGCUACCUUUCAGAGGGCGAUGAACGACAUCUUGAGGGACAUCCUGGAACAGUACGUUCUCAUCUACCUCGACGAUAUCCUGGUCUACAGUCGUACCCUUGAGGAGCACCUCAGACACCUCCGCGACGUCCUUGACCGCUUGCGCAGACAUGGCUUCUACGCCAAGCUGAGCAAGUGCCGCUUUGCCCAGCACAAAGUGGAUUUCUUAGGACACUACGUGUCAGACCAGGGUCUCCACAUGGACGACGCGAAGAUCACUGCUAUUGCGGAGUGGCCCGCCCCCACAUCCGCCAAGCAGCUUCACAGCUUCCUAGGCCUGACCAGCUACUAUAGUAACUUCAUCCGGGGAUACGCUAGAUUCCCGAGGAAAAUGUCAUUUUGUAGAAUUCCCACGUCAGCAGCUGGCACAUCAACACUUGCCACGUCAGCAGCUGGCACAUUUGCAGUUGUCACGUCAGCAGGUGCCACUUCAACAGUUGUCGCAUUAGCAGCUGGCACAACAACAGCUACCACAUCAACACCUGCCACAUCAGCUGGUGUCUGGUCAGCAGCUGCCACGUCAGCAGCUGGCACAUCAACACCUGCCACGUCAGUAGCUGGCACCUCAACAGUCGGGACACCUGUGGAACCAUGGCCAGCAGCAACACAGCCGGUGGAAGGGGUGGAGCAGCAUCAGCUGCCCCCUUCCAGGAGGACACGAACUACAGAGGCAAGCACGUGGAAGGGGAGGAGGCUCCAUCGGACCAUCGGUGGGGAGGGUGAGGAGGCGGCCGAUGGCCAUCCUGUUGAUGGUGGCGACGACCGCACGAGGGGGGGUGUGACGGGUGAAGGCACAACUGUCGGGACACCUGCUUCCUCGCAGACAUCGCGGCAGACGGGACGCACGCCUGUGCAGGCCAGGCAGACGAGCAUCAUCAAGUAUGGAAAGAACCCAAGGCAGCAGGACAUUGAUGACUCAUGUUGCGAGUACUUUGUAGAGAACGUCAUCCCGUUCAACGCCAAAAGCAAGAGCUUCAAAAAGUUCACUUUGGCGUGCUACGGGUUGCAGCCGUCGGCGAAGCACCCCCUUGUGCCCACUGGGUACAACCCGCUCAGAUGCCGACUCCUUGAUCGGUUGCACAAGAGGUUGGAGGAUGAGGAGCCGGCGAUCCGGCCAGUAUGAGAAGUUACAGGGUGCACAUUCAUAAUUGAUGACACCACAGACAUCUGUGGACGAUCACUAAUGAACUACAUCCUCGCAG